AUGUCAGCCAAAGCCAUGAGGAUGGUCUUCCUGCUGCUUACUCUACUCCUUGUCUCUUUGUCUUCUCCAGUGCCUCAGACUGCUGCAGUGUCAGACACUGUUCAGUGUCGGAAGAUUGGGGGCGAAUGUUCAUAUUUCUUAUGUCCCAUCUUUAAGAGAAGCGUCGGCACCUGCUAUGGUCGAGCAGCCAAGUGCUGUAGACCCUUCUGGUGA